AUGGCUAAUGCUCUCAUCUUUGGCGCGUCCGGUAUCUCAGGUUGGUCGCUUCUGAACCAAACCAGAAUAUAUCCAUCUGAAAAGGCAUUUAAGCGAAUCACUGGCACAACAAACCGCCCACUCGCCCUUGGUCAUGCGCUUAUCCCUGAGGAUGAUAGGAUCAAGAUUGUCUCCGGUAUUGAUUUGAGGGCUGGAGUGGAAGAGGUUGUGGCAAAGCUUCAGGGCCAGAUCCCUGACAUUGCCACAGUAACUCAUGUCUUUUUUACUGCAUACAUUGAGGAGAAGACUCCUGAAACGAUGAAAACAACAAACACACAUAUCCUAGAGGUUGCUAUCCAGGCUGCUGAGAAGGUUGCACCUAAUUUGCAGACAUUUAUUCUGCAAACUGGCGGAAACGGAUAUGGAUUAGAGUUUCCAGACCAAGUGCAAAUCAAGACGCCCUUGUCCGAGUCCUUGCCUCGUAUUCCAGAGCCAUGGGCAAGCAAGGUAUUUUACUACGCGCAGCAUGACCUACUCGCAGCGGCGUCACGGAACAAGAAGUGGACAUUUUCCGAGAUUCGACCAGAAGUCAUUGUUGGCUUUUCACCGUCAUCGAACUUCAUGAAUCUGGCACAAGGGCUUGGCGUUGUCUUCUCACUCUACAAGGAGGUGAAAGGGGCGGAGGCCUCAUUUCCAUUCCCGGGAACCUUGCGUGGCUAUAACGCCACUUUUACGGACACCUCCCAAGACAUACUCGCCAAAAUGGAGAUCUUUGCCGCCCUGAAUCCGGAGACAUGUGGUAAUGGCGCUGUCAUCAACGUCGCGGACGGGCCGACCAUGACUUGGGCGCAACUAUGGCCCAGACUCUGCGAGCAUUUUGGACUUGUUGGGACUGGUCCUCAGGACAGUGGUAUAUCUAUACAGGACUUUGUGAGCAAACACAAAGAUGCGUGGGUUGAUAUUGCUAGGAGGCACGGAUUGAGUGAAAAUGUGGUCGAGAAUAUGAAUUGGGCAUUCAUACACUUUGUGCUAGUUGACGUUGCCUUUGACCGCGAGUAUGAUCUGGCCUACUCCCGAACGUUGGGAUUCACUGAGAAGGUCGACACUGUGCAUGGUUACAUCACCGCAUGGGAACGGAUGAGGCAGGCAAAGAUUCUGCCGCCGAAAGGCUUCUGA